AUGCUAAGGCCCCCAGCCGCCCUGGGGCACGCCCCAGCCGCCCUGGGGCACGCCCCCAGCCGCCCUGGGGCACGCCCCCAGCCGCCCUGGGGCACGCCCCCAGCCGCCCUGGGGCACGCCCCCAGCCGCCCUGGGGCACGCCCCCAGCCGCCCUGGGGCACGCCCCAGCCGCCCUGGGGCACGCCCCCAGCCGCCCUGGGGCACGCCCCCCAGCCGCCCUGGGGCACGCCCCCAGCCGCUCUGGGGCAGGCCCCCAGCCGCCCUGGGGAAGGCCCCCAGCCGCCCUGGGGCACGCCCCCCAGCCGCCAUGGGGAAGGCCCCCAGCCGCCCUGGGGCACGCCCCCAGCCGCCCUGGGGCACGCCCUGGGGCAGGCCCCCAGCCGCCCUGGGGAAGGCCCCCAGCCGCCCUGGGGCACGCCCCCAGCCGCCCUGGGGCACGCCCCCAGCCGCCCUGGGGCACGCUCCCAGCCGCCCUGGGGCACGCCCCCCAGCCGCCCUGGGGCACGCCCCCAGCCGCCCUGGGGCACGCCCCCAGCCGCCCUGGGGAAGGGACGAAGACGGUCAGAAGAGAAGGUGGUAAAGGAGGAAGUGGGUAUAGAGGAGAGAAAAGAGGAAGAGGAGAGAAUGGCUCAGCAAAAUGAAAAGGAGGUAGAGUCAGAGGAACAUGAGGGAGAGAAAAAGGAAUUAUGCAGAGGAAGAACAGGAGUUCGUAGAGAAAGAGGUAGAAGAGGAAGAAUAGAAGAUAGAUGA